AAAAUUAUAUAUUUAACUUUUGUUGCAUUUUUGAAACAAAAAUCAUUUUACCAUCCAUCCUUUUUUGCAAUGGAUCCAUAAUUGCAAUAUGAUUUCAUGGGAUGGCCGAGUUGCAUAUAGUUGGACAAGUUUCAUCCGCAAAAAAUUUUAAACAAUCACAUCUACUCUGUAAAUGGAAUUUUUAUGUUGGUAAUGGUUGGAAAAUCAUAUCAGGACAUGAGGAAGGACAAACGCAAGAGAGCUGCGAUUUUUAUACUAAUAAUCCAGUUUGGGAUCAUCCGGUAGAUUUACAUUACACAACUCAGACUAUACAAAAUUCUCCUAAGUUACUAUUACAAGUGUUUGGCAGAGAUAAUUAUGGAAGGAUAAUAUUUCUUUCAUAUGGAGUAUAUAAUGUUCCAGUAUCAUCUGGUUCUUAUGUUUUAGAUUGUCAUACAUGGAAACCUAUUGAAGAUAUAUCAAUCUGUAUAAAUGACACAGAUUGCAAAGAGUCAAUAAAUUCAACCAUAUAUACACAGAUUCCUGAAAUUGAUAAUUCAUCUUUCAAGGACUUAUCAAAUGAUACAGAAGAAGAUAAAAUAUUUACUACUACCAUUCCAACAGAAAUAAUAUCUUCAAGAAUAAAUAUCAACUCAACAGAACAACUAGAAGUACAGUCAACUUUCACAACAAUAUUCUCGCCAGUAAUGCGUCCAAGUGAUUAUGAAAUUCUUACAUUCGAAAAAAAAGAAAUUUGCGAAUGUGACUUGAUUAAAUCUUCUUGUAACAUCAAUUGCUGCUGCGACAUCGAUUGUAAUCAUUCUUAUUUAUCUGCUUUUCCAUACUGUCAAAAUUAUCACAUGGAACUUUAUGACAGACGAUAUUGCUAUAAUCGUAAUUUUAUACAACGAAAUAACACACCUUUUAUUUUUGAAAAACUUGCAAAUAACUUGUUUUGCAUUCUGUACGACAAUCUUCCAUCUAUGUAUAGUACUAAUAAUAAUUUGGUAAGUAACAUAUACGAGGAAGAACUGUGGAAAAUAAUAGAAAUGAACAAUUACAAAUGGGAAAUAAGACAUAGCAAAACAUUAUUCAAAUACAAUUUGUCAAAAUAUUAUCAACAUGGAGAUAUAUUGUGGAAAUUACAUGAUAAAUCUAUUGAAGAAAUAGAGUUUCUACAGUCUGGAUUUACUGGAAUAUGUACAUUUAAAAAAAUUUUAAGGUACUUGCAAAAUUGGAAAGGUGCUUGCAUACAAAAUAAAUUAACAAAUAUUAAUCCAUAUUUGUUCACUGUGACAUUUAGUAAUUUUACAGUUAUUAAAUCUUUGCCAUCAUUCAACGAUACACUUACUACAAACCAGAUGUGUCGAAGCAAUAUUUGUUUACCAGUAAGAAUUCAUUACUGUUUGAAGUCAUUUUCUGCGUGCAAUAGAUCCAGCAUAUCAGGAUUUUGUAUGAAUUCUACUUGUACCAACAUCGUAAAGGGUUUAAAAUAUGUAAUUAGUCACAACAGUUCUGCUGGUAUCAACAGCAUUGAUGCAUAUUUUAAUAUAGGAAAUGCUUCUCAUGCCUUUUAUCAAUAUUUCGAAAUCGAAUAUAAAUGGAUAGAUUCAAAUAACACAAAAAUUUUCACUCGUAGUGAAAAUCCUGGUUAUGAGAUGGGUAAACCGAUUAUUAUUGGCGUUUCUCAUGCUAAUACAAGCGAUAAUAUUUUUUUCAACAGAACCGAUGGAUUUUUUACAUUGCCCUUGGCCAAAAGAAAUGGAGAAUGUGACCAAAUUAAUAGACAUGUUGUUUUAUUUGGUGAAGAUAUAAGAUUGGCAUGUUCGAUUAAAUUGUUUAUCAAGAAUUUUACUGCGUUAUCUUGCGCGGAACUACAAAAUCUGACUAUGCAUUUAUUGACAAACAAUUUGUUAAACAUAAAUCAGCGUUACAUCACUUAUAUCUCAAAACUAGGUAAUUUUUCCAGCAAAAAUGAUGUUGAUUGGCUGCAGAUCAUGUUCGAUAGGAUACCACGAAAUAUCAUAACAGCGUACACAGUCGGUAAACGAAUCUUAUGUUCAGGAUUAGUUACAUCUAUGCAUUUCAAUGUCAUUUAUUCUAUGUUGUCAAAGCCUAAAACAAAUUAUAAAAUAUUGGGUGUUGGGAUCGUAUUCAGCAAAGAAGAAGACAUUAGCUGGCUAAAGUGCGCAUUUGAAAAUUGUACAGAUGUUCUAGAUGUUAAUAUUAUUUCUUAUGUUAAUUUUCAUGAUAUUUCAAAGCCGUCCAAAUAUCAUUUUGCUGGUGGACCUAAUUUAGAUCUUACAUUGCCUUACGAUUUUUUCUAUCCUUUCUUGAAUAGUUCAACUGCGAAAAUACCAAGUAUAUUGAUUUUUUUAAUCAUGUAUAUUUUAUGGAUAAGUAUUUAA